UUGAUUACCCGAACGCUCUCGAGUCACUCGGGACUAGAGUUGAUCGUACGAACGUUCUCGAGUAAAUUUCCAAUUCCAAAAUGACAGCGCCAAUAGACAGAUUUGCAAUUUAUGCUUUUCUGGAAGAAAUAUUGAAUGAAAAUGAUGACUAUGAAGACAGUAACAUAGCUCCAAUUAUUCCUGCAUUAAUUUCCAAAAGACCAAGUGUGCCAAAAGUGGAGGGUUUCACUGAGCUUGUGAUUAAUUUGAAUGAAGAAGAUUUUAGGUAUCAUUGCCGACUAAAUAAAGAAACAUUCAUGCUACUUUUGGGAGAAGUAGAAGCAUAUCUGGUACCAGAUGUUAAUUACGUUGGUGGAGGUUAUGAUUCAGUUCCGCCUAAGAAGCAACUACUCGUGUUUGUGUGGUAUUUGAGCAACCAAUGCAGCAUGAGAAAUAUAGCCUUCAACUUUAAGUUGUCAAAAUCUACUGUGCAUAGUAUUGUUCAUCACGUAGCAGGAGUUAUAUCAGCUUUAUCAUAUAAGUUUAUUCAAUGGCCGAAUAAUCAAAGGAGAAGAGAGAUAAAAGGAAAAUUUACGAAAAUACCUGACGUCAUUGGUGUUAUCGAUGGAACACAUAUAAGAAUAACGAACCCAGUUGGCAAUGACCGGUCUUACUUGAACCGAAAAAAAUUCUGCUCAGUAGUGUUACAAGUUGUGGUUGAUGAUAUGUUAAUGAUUAAUGAUGUUUUUGUCGGUUAUCCAGGGUCAGCACAUGAUGCCCGUGUUCUUCGGAAUAGUCCCAUUUAUGAAAAGGCGGAGGACCAUCGCAUCUUCGAAGAUGAUGACCACUUGCUCGGUGACUCCGCUUACCCUGUGAAAAAAUGGCUAAUACCCCCAUUCAAGGACAAUGGACAGUUGACACCCCAUCAGAGAAAUUUCAACUACAAUCUCUCUAGUGAUCGACAAGUGGUUGAAAGGGCAAUCGGCCACCUUAAAGGGCGAUUUAGAAAACUCCGAGACAUUCCAUUCACAGAUCAGUGUGGAGAUAGGAGCAGGCUGAUGCAACAUAUCUGUGAAUUCAUCAUUUCGGCUUGUGUACUCCACAAUAUAUGUGUGUUGGCUCAUGAUGACCUAGAUCAAUACAUCGAUUUAGAAGUACUGGGUGAUGAACCAGGACACCAACCAAACGUCCUCAUCAAUGCGGCUGCUGGAUAUCAGAAGAGAAACCGUUUAGUCGCCAUCGUAAAUCGUUGAUCCUGUAUUGAAAUUUGCUCCGAAAAUACAGGCCUUAUAAAGAG